GCAGGCUCAGCUGAAGAGUCGAGACCAGAACCUUCAACCCGCUGAUCCUGACCUCAUCAGCCGAGGCGUCGCCGUAGAGGACUCUGAUAUUUGACACGUUUAGACGUUCGGUCGAUCUCAGCUGGACUUCACCUCCUUUGCUGUUUUCUAACGAACCAUGUCGACCGCUGUGGAGGCGACCGGGUUCAUGAUGGGCAUCAUCGCCUGGCUGAUCACUGGGACGGCGCUCGCCAACGACUACUGGAAGGUCUCCUCGGUGUCCGGCAGCGUCAUCAUCUCUCAGAGGCAGUUUGAGAACUUGUGGCACGCCUGCGCCGAGAACAGCGCCGGCAUCGCCGAGUGUCAGGACUUCAAGUCCAUGCUCGAUCUGCCCGCCCACGUGCAGGCGGGCCGCGCCCUCAUGAUCAUCUCUCUGCUGCUCGGCCUCGCCUGCAUGAUCGUCUCGAUGUUCGGACUCAAAUGCAUCAAGAUCGGCUCGGCCACCGACGAGUCCAAGGCCAAGAUGGCCGUCGCCGGAGGAAUCCUCAGCAUCCUGGCCGGUCUGUGCUGCAUCUUAGCCUGCUCCUGGUACGGGGUCCAGGUGGUCCAGGAGUUCUACAACCCGGCCUUCGGAGGCGUGAGGUUCGAGCUGGGUACAGGUCUCUACAUGGGCUGGGGGGGCGGGUCCCUGUCUGUCCUGGGCGGGGCCAUGCUCUGCAGCGCCUGCAAGAGAGCGACCCCUGCUGGCAAGAAAGGAAACUACCCUGCAAAGAAGGUCUACACCGCCACGGCCCGAUCCGAUCCCGGAACAGGCAGAGCCUACGUCUGAACAUGCACAUGCACGUGCACACACACACACAAACAUGCACACACACAUGCACACACACACUAUUUUUCAGUCUCUGGAGGUUUUGAGGGGAAAUCUUUUGUCGUGAUUCUUUGAAAA